GGCGGUGCUGGGCGCCUGGGCCGCCCGGGCGAUGCGCUCUCAUCUUCGUUUUGCGUAAUCGUUGGAUGUUUCGGCCCGUAUUCUCGCCGUAUAGCGAGUAGCGAGCUCAACAAACCCUCAAUGUGGCGUUUGAGUUUGGCAGGUUAUGGAUUGAGGUUUCGGGGUGUGGCAUCGUUAUUCGGCGGGUCCGCGUCCGCGGGACGUUGCGAAACGCGGCAGUAGCGACCUAGCCUAGCGAGUACCGACGUGAUCGUUGAGUGAGACGCGCGCGAGUGUUCGUGCAAGUGUUCGUGCACGCGAAAUUUCUUCGCUCGUGUUCCCUUUUUUUUCCUUUUUCUUUUUCUUUCAUUCUUUCCUAACGCAAAUGCGCGAGAGCUCGGCGUUGCUUCCGUAAUUCCGUAAUUUUACGGCAACUUGACGUUUUCACGCAUUACUUGAUAGAGCGUAGGAAAAAUCCCGUGGAACAAUCGCGGGAGCUACGUGACGUGACGAUGUACGGAACAUUUUCAAAUCGAUCCCCGCGUUGACGCGUGUCCGUGUGUACAUCGCCUCCACGUUUGACACAAGGUAGACCAAGUCAAGUCGCUAAGCCGCACGACGAGGCAGGCGGCAGGCCACGGUCCAUGAAAUCACGUGUAACAAACGCGACGUGGGAUGUUGAGCGCAACCACCCCCACUCAGCCCCACGAAUACACCGAGAUGUCUCGGUUAGCCGACUACUUUGUAGUGGUCGGCUACGAUCACGAGAAAGAAAGGGGUGGUGUGAGUAGUGGAGUAAUAUUACAACGAUUCCCAGAGAAAGAUUGGCCAGAUACACCUUUCAUCGAAGGAAUAGAAUGGUUUUGUCAACCGCAAGGAUGGGCCUUGUCGACGGAAAGGCAAGAGCCACGCUUCUUUGUUUCAAUAUUGACGGAUAUCGAUGCAAAUCGACAUUACUGCGCUUGCAUGUGCUUCAAUGAAACGGUAUCGAUCGUGCCAAGCAAACCUGUGGACGAGGAAGAAGAUCCCGUAGAUGGAGAUAGUCGGCCCUUGGUCAGGGCGAUACCCGCCAUUGCGCAUCAUAGCAUUAUGUACGCACCCAAAUGUCUGGUGCUGGUUUCCAGACUCGAUUACAUAGAAACAUUUAGAAAUUGUCUUGGUAUUAUAUACACGGUGUACGUGGAAAAUCUUGGUAUACCGUUAGAGACGUUAGUUGGAAACAUAUUAGGAUGUAUUCAAGUACCUCCCGCUGGUGGGCCACAGGUACGAUUCAGCAUCGGAGCAGGGGAUCGUCAGGCACUUCAACCACCAAUUAGUCCUUCUCUUCCCAUAACUCAUACUAGUGUAAAUUUAUUAUUUCAGCAACUAGGUAUUCGCAAUGUGUUAGUAUUAUUUUGCGCAGUCAUGACAGAACACAAGAUACUUUUCCAUUCUGCCAGUUAUUCUCGACUGACCGAAGGGUGUCGUGCCCUAACUGCGUUGAUGUAUCCAUUCAGAUAUUCGCAUGUUUACAUUCCUCUUUUGCCAGCGGCUUUAGUCGAAAUUCUUAGUACUCCAACACCAUUUAUUAUGGGGGUACACAGUUCGUUGAAAUACGAAGUUGCGGAACUUAUGGAUGUAAUAGUUGCCGAUCUGGACGGAGGUUCCUUAACAGUUCCGGAUGGUGUCUCGCUUGCUUUACUACCGGAGCCGUUGCUCUCGCAAACGCAGGAUGCGUUAUCUCUGGUGUUGCAGCCAGAAUUGGCGUGCGCGGAUUACGCGUUUCCUCCGCUCGCAACGAGAGCUCCGCAUUCUCCCAUGCUCGACAAGGAACUCAGAGCAGUGUUUAUGAGAACCUUUGCUCAAUUGUUGCAAGGAUACCGGAGCUGCUUGACGUUGAUACGAAUACAUCCGAAAGCUGUUAUCACUUUUCACAAAGCCGCAUUUUUGGGAGAGAGGGGUUUAACGGACUGCGAUUUCACCACGAGAGUUUUGGAUUGCAUGUUUUUUACAUCUUUUAUCGCAGAAAGAGGUCCACCCUGGAGACCUUGCGACGUGUGGGACGAAUUGUACAGUAAUUUGAGCGAUCAGUUGAAGCAGGAAGCGCAGGAUCAUCGAGUUAUACUGACGCACAUCCAAGAACUAGCGCAACAGUUAUAUCUGAACGAAAACCCGAAUCCUCAACCAUACGUGCAGAAGAUCCUGAAGCCACCCGAGGGUGCGUUUGCGAGGAUUCAUCAGCCUCUCUUGCCACGUAUCAAUCCGGAGCAGGUUCAAGCGAUCAUCGACGAGGGUCUUGCGAAGAAUAAUCUCAAAGUCAGAUUGUCGUCCUUGAGGCCGAUUCAACCUCGCAUCGUGCCUAUGGGUCCGCACAUUUCAUUUGUUCAUGACACUAGGCACCUGGUUAGCAACUCCGCUCGUAGACUAGAAGUAUUACGCAAUUGUAUCAACUGUAUAUUCGAGAAUAAGAUCUCGGACGCUCGCAAGACGUUUCCAGCUGUCUUGCGAGCUUUGAAAAGCAAAGCGGCACGGUUAGCGCUCUGCAUGGAGUUGUCGCAACAUGUAGUCGGGAACAAGGCUAUGCUAGAGCAUCAACAAUUCGAUCUAGUGGUGCGUCUGAUGAAUUGCGCGCUGCAAGACGACUCGUCGAUGGAUGAACACGGAGUCGCCGCUGCACUGCUGCCGCUCGCCACCGCGUUCUGUAGGAAGUUGUGCACCGGCGUAAUUCAAUUCGCGUACACCUGCAUCCAGGAGCAUCCGGUAUGGCAGAAUCAACAAUUUUGGGAAGACGCCUUCUAUUUAGACGUUCAGAAAGACAUCAAACGCCUGUAUCUGCCGGGUGACAAUUCGCCACCCAGACUUAUGAACGAUGGUAUUCUGAGUCCUAUCAGUCCGCGGGAUGGGAAAGAAUUUCCGUACCGCGAUCGAUAUUCCAUCUAUCAGGCUCAGGAACCGUCGGCGCUGGAAAUAGCCGCGGAUCAGAUGCGGAUCUGGCUGUCCAUCGAUCCCGAGAAACAGAAAGAGCUGGUUAAUAGCGAGGAGAGCACCAUGUACAGCCAGGCCAUUCAUUAUGCCAAUCGAAUGGUCUAUCUACUAGUACCUUUAGACAUCGGCUCAAAGACGCAUCGUCAAGAUCACAUCUAUGACGACGAACGCGCCAGUAACAGCAUUACGAAUAGCGUGGCAAGCGACAGCGGCGACGCUGAAUCCGGAUUCGAGGAGACUGACCCGGGGGAGACCGGCAGUGCCGUCAUUCGGAUGGUCUCGCGAUUCGUCGAUCGCGUGUGUACCGAGGGCGGCGUCAGCGCCGAGCACGUGCGUUGCCUGCAUCAAAUGGUCCCGGGUGUUGUUCACAUGCACAUCGAGACGCUCGAGGCAGUCCACAGGGAAAGCAAGAGACUGCCACCGAUACAAAAGCCGAAGAUUUUGACGCCAAACAUGCUGCCUGGCGAGGAGGUGAUAAUGGACGGCUUGCGCGUUUACCUGCUGCCGGACGGCAGAGAGGAAAGUUCCUCAGGAUUGCCCAAGAUACCGCCUCUCUUGCCAGCCGAGGGUGCAAUCUUCCUCACGAAUUACAGGAUAGUGUUCAAAGGUAUACCUUGCGAUCCGUUCGCCUGCGAGCAAUUGGUCGUCCGUGCUUUCCCCGUGACGUCUUUGACUAAGGAAAAGCGCGUCGCUGUGCAACAUCUGGCGCAUUUGGAUCAAUGCCUUCAAGAGGGUCUACAAUUACGUUCUUGCACGUUCCAGUUGAUAAAAUUGGCCUUCGACGAGGAAGUUACGCCCGAGAAUAUCGACACUCUGAGGAAAUUGGUGCACAAAGCUAGAUAUCCGCCGCACAUCUUCCAUCAUUUCGCCUUCAACGGUCAGGUCUUGGUCACGCAAACGGCACAUCACAAGGGCAAGGAGAAAAACGCUACCCUAAAGGGUUUCGCGAAAAAAACGCUGUUGAAGACCGCGCGAAAGGCCGGUUUUAAACCGAAACAAUCGUCCAAACGGCAAAAGUACGUGCUACCGAAUAUGAAUCUCAUCAACAGCAACAACAAGUACAUGACGUCGCCUGGCCGAAUGAGUCUACCGAUGACCGAUAGCAAUGAUCUUAGCCACGACGACGAUCUCAGCGUGGACGAUUUCGAGAUACCCGGGGUGGUGACGCAACCUCCGACCGAUGCCAAGACCCUCGAACGUUUGUCCGAGCGUAGCUACGUCCGGGACUGGUACCGACUGGGCCUCUAUUCGAACGGACCGCACAACAAUCGUCGCAACGAACCCUUCCGACUGACCUCGGUGAACUGCGCUUACAUGAUUUGCCGCAGCUACCCUGCGCUUCUGAUCGUGCCCACUUCCGUGUCGGACGAGAGCAUUCGACGAUUCUGCAGACUUCAUCGUCACAGUAGAAUGCCAGUUGUCACCUGGAGACAUCCGCGAACAAAGGCGUUGCUAAUUAGGGGCGCCGGUUAUCACGGGAAAGGUGUAAUGGGCAUGCUGAAGGCCCAUCCGACCUCCGGCAGUAAUCUAAAAACCACGUCCUCGGAGACUACCUCUUCUCUGGAGCAAGAGAAAUACAUGAUGGCACUCGUUGCCGCGACCCCGCUCUCCGUACUGCGUCAAGGUUCCGCUUGGGGUAUGUCCGACAGCUCUCUAAGUAUAGACUCGUUAUUACUGGCGGCGGAAGAUCGUAACGCCACGCCUGAACAAUCGCGUCGCAAUCCGUUCAACAAACCCCUCGGCACUCUCAGUUCGUCGGGCGGCAAAGGUCCCAAGAAUUUCGGUCGAUGGGGUUCUUUGAAAGACAAAAGACACAAUUCGCAGGCUUCCUUGACUUCCGUUCAUCACCAGCGUGGAACCGUCAGACAUUCCGCGGAUUCCGACAGCGGCACGGAAUGCGUUCACACGUUUCAACGCGCCGCUCUUUACAUUCUGGGCGAGAAGGCACACAUGAAAGGCGUCAAGGCAGAAUCCACUCCCAAGACGGACUUUAUUCCGGUAGAAUAUUACGACGUGAGGCACACGAAGGCUGCAUUUAAGAAGCUGAUGCGAGCGUGCGUGCCCAGCUCACCGAACGUCGAACCCGAUCAAAGUUUCUACAGACUCAUCGAGAGCUCGGAGUGGUUGCAGCAACUGCAGAGCCUGAUGCAGCUAGCGGGGGCAGUCAUAGACCUCAUGGAUAUGCAGGGCUCGUCGGUGGCGGUUUGCCUGGAAGAUGGUUGGGACACUACGACCACCGUUUGUUCCGUAGCGCAGGUGUGUCUCGAUCCGCAUUACCGAACGAUCGACGGCUUCAGAACCUUGAUCGAAAAGGAGUGGCUUGGAUUCGGGCACAGAUUCGGCCACAGGAGCAACCUCGCCGCGAAUUCGCAAACGACAAACUUCACACCUACGUUUCUACAGUUCCUCGACAUAGUGCAUCAAAUACAGAAACAAUUUCCUCUGGCCUUCGAGUUCAACGAGUACUAUUUGAAGUUCUUAGCUUAUCACUCGGUGUCCUGCCGCUUUCGUACAUUUCUAUUGGACUGCGAGUUUGAUAGAGUCGAGUGCGGCAUUACCGCCAUAGAGGAUAAAAGAGGUUCCUUGACAAGUCAUCACAAGGGCGUGGACACCGGUAGCGACGACGAAACGAUCUAUCCUGGUGGUAGACUAGCGGGAACGAACAAACAAACACUUGGCUGUAAUCUUGGACAAAGUAUAUUUGAUUACAUAGAGAAACAACACGCGAGAUGUCCGUUGUUCUACAAUUUUAUGUACACCCCGAACACGGAGAAUCCUGUUUUGCGACCAGUCUCGCAUCUGCCGAGCUUGGACAUCUGGCAGUUUUACCUGGAAGAAGAACUGGCACACGGUCCAGCGUAUGAUCUUGAAGUGCUGCAGCAGGAUUCCCAGCAGGAGGAAGAGGCCGAAGCUGCGGAUGGCGUGGUUAAGAGCAAUCGUAAAGUGGUUACUCAGGGAUACGACGGAGUCAGCACAAUGGUGCCCGACCAGUUUUCGCAUCUUUUAGAAGAAAUUCACAAGUUGGAAACCGAAUUGGGACAUUUACCGCAAAAGUGGAAAGUCCUCUGGGAUAAACUCGAGUUGCCGAACACUGACUCCCUUGCUCGGCACGCAUCAUUCAGCACGGCACUCGUACGGUAUCACGGUCGAUUGAUUCAUAAACGUUCUACUUUAGAACUGUUAUUGCGUGGCAAACUUGCCGGUGGAAAUACUACCGGAAACGAAGGUUCUGUUUAUGCGCAUCCACACAGGUUCGAACGACUGGAUUCCGCGACGCCGACUCACUGCGACGCGUGUUCCGGCGUAUUAUGGGGCCCUGUGAAGGCUGGAUUGAGAUGCAUCGAUUGCGGUCAUGUGUGUCACGACAAAUGCGCGGAUGCUGUGCCAAAGAAUUGCACAAAAUAUAAAGCUGUGACGGAUAAUCUCCAGACUCACACACUUACGAGAAGUGGCGGCGAUAACGGAAGCGUAAACUCAAGUGUGACAACUAUACAAACAUCUUCCCAGCAAUAUUAUGAACAAUUCUCGAGUAAUGUGGCGGAAAAUAGAACGCACGAGGGCUAUCUUUAUAAACGAGGAGCUCUAUUAAAGGGCUGGAAACAAAGAUGGUUCGUACUAGAUUCUAUAAAACAUCAACUGAGAUAUUACGACGCAGUGGAAGACUCGCAUUGUAAAGGAUAUAUAGAUUUAGCUGAGGUGGUAUCUGUCACUCCAGCUGCGCCAAUGCCAGGACCACCAAAGAAAACAGAUGAUAAAUCCUUCUUCGAUCUUCGUACAAACAGACGGACAUACAACUUUUGCGCUGCUGACGCAGCCACAGCACAAGAAUGGAUCGAAAAGGUUCAAGCGUGCUUACAAUAGUGUCACAACGCUUGAUUAUAGUACUAAUUUCAAAUUCUGGAUGUGACUGACAUAUAGAGAAGAAAAAACACAGAUUUUAAUUUUGUUACAUAAUCUUGUAUAGUCUAAUUGUAUGCAUCAUAGACUGCAGUAAUCUUGCUUUAAGUAUUUUAAAACGCAAACUCUCGUUGGACUGAAAAAUAGUAUCAUAAAUUAAAUGUGAUACAUCCAUAUCCUCAAUAUAGGAUUAGUAUGUGAAUAUAAUGUACAUUUUUUUUGUGAUUAUAUCGUUAUAUUAAAUUUAUAUUCAUCGAGCUGGAAGAUGAGAGAUCGCUAUAUAAUGCGUCGCGCCUAAAAAUCCUUUUUAUUUUGUUUAAUAUAUUUUCCAAUGUUAAAUUAUGAUGAAUUAUAAAAAACGAAUAUAGCUCAUAUAUAAUAAAUUGUGCACUGAAAUUGUCUAUUGAAAUGUAUACAGCAUGUCUCAAGAUCACCACAGUUUCUGAUAUCUGUGAAUUUUUUAGCAAAUUGGGAUCAAUUUUUCCUUAAUAACGAACUAUAAAUUGAUUAUAAAUUUAACUUAAAAUAAACGAUUGCUAAUCGCAACUAUCUUUUAGCAGCACAAAUAAAUUGGACCCUAUUCUUCAAGUAAAUUUUUUUCUCAGCGAAAUUUUAAUUUGGAUUAUGUUAUAUUACUAAAACGGCUAAUAUUUUAACCAAGAAAAGACGAAUUCUAAAUUUUUUCUAAAUUGUAAAAAGAUCGCUUUCUCUCUUACAAAAUUGGUUAACUUGGGAUAUUCUGUGUAUAUGAAUAAAUAUACAUACAUAUAUAUAUAUAUAUAUAUAUAUAUAUAUAUAUAACUAUUAUCUAAAUAUUAUUGUAAUUAAUAUUAUUACUUGAUAAGUUGCGAACUUGUUUGUUAAAAGUGUUAAGUUCAAAGCUUGUGAGAAAGACAAUUUCUAUCUCUAAAUAUGUUAAGAAUAUUUGAUUAAUACUCCUGCCAUGCUGACAGUAAAGUUAAAUUAAGAAUA